AAUCUAAUCUGAGGAGUUUUCCCUCUAUUAGCCUCCGCAUGCAAUAAGACGUCGAUGAGAAGAGUAUCCAGAAUCCUCUGACCUAGACUGAGACCCUGGCCAAGUGAAAAACUCUGACCCGAGCCAGAUUUCUCUGACCCAGACUACUGACCGAUUGUGUAAAACCUGACCCGAUCCAGAUAAUAAAGAUGAAGUUCCAUCUUCUCCUACUUUUUGUAUUUUUCAUGCUGUUUGAAGAGGGAUUUAGUCAAGGUUUUAAGAGAUGGACAGUUUCUCGUAGUAACCUUAGACCUCAUUGGUUACAAAGAUUCAUGCUUCGCCCAAUCAGCAAACUGCAAACAGGACAGAGGCAUGACGGUGUUGUAUUUCCUAAAAGAAUAAUCCCAAAAUUUCAGCGAAAACAAGCAUCCACAGUAUCAACAGUUACAACCACCAGAAGAUCCUUCCCAAAUUUACAGUCAACAACACAAUCAACUUUACAGUCAGCAACACAAUCAACUUUACAGUCAACAACACAAUUGCCUAUGGAUAAGAUAAAGAUUCGGUUGGUGAACAGUUUUGAUGGAUUUGCCAACCUUGGUACAGUAGAGAUAGAAUACAAUGGCGUGAGUGGAACGAUUUGUGAUGAUAACUGGGACGACCUUGAUGCCAGCGUUGUCUGUAGAAUGCUUGGAUUCAGGAGUGGGGAGUCAGCAUCUCAAGCGGCAUUUGGACAGGGGACAGGUCCUGUUUAUCUCAGCGACGUCACCUGUACGGGUGACGAGGAUUCCUUACUAGACUGUGAUCAUUCUGGAUGGAGCGUCAAUAACUGUACACAUGAGGAUGAUGCCGGUGUAAUAUGUCAUUCAUUUGAUGAUCUACCUGAAUCCAAGAAACUUCCUUCAGAUUGUGGCAAACGCCCAAUGAUAAGCGAAGAGAAUAAGAAACAACUUUUACCAAGAAUCGUUGGAGGAAUUGAUGCUGUUCCAGGCAUGGUGCCCUGGCAAGCAGGCCUUAGAAUUGGAAGCCCUCCUUCCGGACAUUGGUGUGGUGGGACAAUUCUUAGUCCACACUGGAUUCUGACUGCUGCGCAUUGUUUUGAUUAUUUUGAUGACGUCAGUUUGUUUACCAUUCGAGUUGGGGAUCAGAACAAUGAGAACCCGGAUGUCGGUGAAGAGGAGUUUGAAAUAGAAAGACUUUACAAACACGAAAAAUACAAUAUGCAGACUUUUGACAAUGACAUAGCCUUGAUUAAAAUAGCCGCUAAGGACGGGGACGGCAUAAAAUUCAACCAAUAUGUACAGCCAGCAUGUCUGCCAACGGAAACAACAGCUUACAAUGCAGGCCGGAAAUGCUUUGUAUCCGGAUGGGGAAAUACUACUGAGCCUAUUGGAAAUAACGGACUCCCGGAGGACUUGAAGUUUGCAGAAGUUCCUAUAAUUAACCAGACGAUAUGUAGAGAGUUGUACAAGGAUUUUAGACACGUGACAGAGAGUAUGUUUUGUGCGGGGUACCUGGAGGGAGGCGUUGAUAGCUGUCAGGGGGACAGCGGGGGGCCGCUCACAUGCGAAGUCGAGGGUACACAAGCCAUUCUGGGAAUUACAUCCUGGGGGAAAUCCUGCGCGGCUCCAAAUUUUCCGGGAGUGUACACGAAAGUCGGGAAUUUUCUACCGUGGAUCAGAGAAACAAUUGCUGCUUCAUAAUAAAAAUCAAUUUGGA